AUGUUCACAGUAAAUGCUUAUGGCUAUGGAGGUUACGGAGGCUAUGGUGGAUAUGGCGGAUAUGGAAUGUACCCUAGCUAUGGAAUGGGUAAGUAAUUCACUUUAAAACGUAUAAAUAAUUCUUCUUACUCUUUUGUAGAAAAAAAACAUUACUACGGGGUGACCAGGCUUUCUAUCAGCCCUGCCCUUACCCUACAUGUCCUAAGGACACUGUAUUAAUACCCGAAUUUCGAAAUUAUUUUAAAAAGUUCAUUUUGUCUUCAGGAUAUGGUGGAUACGGUGGAAUGCCCUACAGUGCUUACCAGUUCUCCAAAGGCAACUCCUACAGUAACUUGUUCGGUUAUGGCAAUAGUUGGAGUCAAGGCAGUGGCUAUAGAGUUGGUUUCAGACGGUGA